AUGAAUAGCUCUGACCCAGCUCAGACUGCAGGGACUGGCGACAAUCGGGGCGGAUCCCUCAUUGGCGCUGCGGUUGCAACCGUGGCCAUCUCGGCCACCUUCGUCGGUCUACGAUUCUACACGCGCGGCGUUCUCAUCAAGACGCUCGGCUGGCCCGACUGGGUCAUUCUGAUCUCAUUGAGUUCAAUGACUGAUCGAUCCAAGUUAUUCGCAAUUGGCCAUACAGUGGGUCAAAUUGAACAGGUGACACUAGGCGGCGUAGGCCGGCCAGCGGCCAGCCUAGACGGCGACGACAUCAAGAGGUGGCUUGAGGCCGGGUACUACACCACCCUUGCCUACAUCGCCAGCUUGCUCGCGACGAAGCUUUCCGUACUGCUACUCUACCUCCGCAUCCUGAGCUCGGCCUACCUCCACCGGACGUGUUACAUCGCCAUCGGCGUCACCGGCCUUCUCGGAGCAUGGAGCUUCGCGUCCAACGUUGCCGUCUGCGUGCCCCCUGCGGCGUGGUGGGACAGGGAGUCGCACCCCAACGCCUGGUGCUGGCCCCUCUCCAAGGCCUGGAGUGACGUCGGCAUCCACGUCCUGACCGAGCUUAUCGCCCUGGCCUUACCGCUGCCCUAUGUCUCCUUGCUCAGCAUGCCGCUCCGGCAGAAGAUCGGCGUCGGGUGUCUUUUCGCACUGGGGAUCUUGUAA